AUUGUUAAGCUUUCUCUAGACUGUAAAUUCCGCCAUCAUCGUUAGGGUUUAAGAGCUCCAAAAUUCUUUCAUCUUCACCAAAACAAUGGCAACCUUAAACCCUUUUGGCUCUAGAACAAACUCAUUUCAGAAAAAGCUUCAUAAUCAUCGUCCAAUUUAUGCUAAAUCCAUUUCUGGUCUCACUUUCAGAACCUCACCUCCACCAUUUUACCCUUCCACCAUUAAAGCUUGUUCUUUUUCUUCAUCUUCUUCACAAAAUUCUAAAAUCCCCAAACCCCUUAUCCCUCAAACCCCUAAUGAACAACCCCAUAACCUAUUUUCAUUCGUUAAGCCAACACUCAUCGCUACUGUAACUGCCACUACCCUUUUGUUCGCAAGAUACUUUGUCUUCCCGAAACCUGCACUUGCUAACCAAGCUUUUACUCCGACGGCCAUGGAAACUGAUGUGGUGAGAGAUGCAGUUUCAGAGGAGGAAAGGGAAAGAGCAAUUGAAGAGCACCUGGUUAAUAACCCGAAUGAUGUGGAAGCGUUAAGGAAUUUGAUGGAAAUUCGGAUAAAGAAUAAGAAAAUACUGGAUGCUAUUAGCAUUAUUGAUAGGUUAAUUGAGCUCGAACCGAACGAGAACGAAUGGCCCUUGUUGAAAUCUCAUUUGUAUGUGAACUUUGGGGAGAUUGAAUUGGCCAAAGUUGGGUUCAAUGAGAUACUAAAGAAAGACCCUUUUCGCGUUGAGGCUUAUCAUGGACUGGUUAUGGCAGCUUCACAAGAUGAAUCGAUUGAUGAAUUGAUGCAAAUUGAGAAGAAGAUUGAGGAGGGCAUUAAAUUGUGUAAGAAGGAGAAUAAAAAGACUGACUUGAGGGAUUUUAAGCUAUUGCUUGCACAAAUUCGGGUGAUCGAAGGGAAAUAUGAAGAUGCAUUGAAGGUUUAUCAGGAGUUAGUUAAAGAGGAGCCUAGGGAUUUCAGGCCUUACUUGUGUCAAGGAAUAAUAUACACAUUAAUGAGGAAAACUAAGGAGGCUGAGAAGUGUUUUGAGAAGUAUCGGAGACUUGUACCGCAAGGGCAUCCCUACGCUAGGUAUUUCGAUGAGAACAUGAUUGCAACGAAGGUUUUUGCACAGAGGGCAGAGAAUGAGAGAGCUAGCUCGAAAAGCUGAAUAGAAUAAGGCUUUGGUUCUGCUGAAGUUCAGAUUGGAUGGUAGAGGUAUGAUGGAAAUUAUUUUGCUCUAUUUGUUACUAGUUACAUAAUUGUUUGAGCUUAGUAGUUGUCUGGUUUGCAUAGUUUAUUGUUAUAUGAGUUGUCGAGUAGCAAUUAGGUUCGGACAAAAAGAUCUCUCUUUUUUGAUUAGUCAGAGGGCAAUAAUGUUAAGGCUCUUUAAUUUUCAGCAGGUAUCUGAAUCGAACGACAUGAUAUCAUAGUUCAUUUAAUCAAGAAUGGAAAUGAGAACCAUGCUUUGUGAUUUGUUUGUUUAA